CUUGUUUACCGCCAUGGUUGAGGAAGCCGCGGAACAGUAUCAUAAUUGAUUUUGUCCGCACUUACUAUAGUGUGUUCUAAAUGGAAGUAGGAUCACCUUGAAAGACAUAGCAGGAGAUUUCGAAAGCGGAGAAGAAACCAUAUUGCUGUGGGGUGCUGGUUCUCACACCGAGUUAUAAACUCCGGGAACCGACUCUCAGAAGAAGUGGUGUCUGCAACCUCAACUGGUUCAUUCAAGAAGGGUAUGGACAAGCACAGAAAUUUACUGGGAAAAGGUUAACAUAGGCUUCAAGCCUUCUAUCCUCAACCAAUAAAUCUCAAAUCUCAACCGAAGUUUGCUAUAAUGCUGAAUUAUAUCUCGCUAAUUCUGAAAUAACUGUAACAGUCUAUAAUGAUGUACCUUCCACUCCAACUCUUGGAACAGUUACUGGCUUAUGUAAAACCAACUCUACUGAAAACUUACCACUGUUAACACAGAAUGGGUUCUCUUUUCUCAAGACAUCGGCAUCGAUCGAGAAUCACAGAACAGGAUAAAGCUGUUCUCCAGUUGAAACAGCAACGUGACAAAUUGAAUCAAAUGACCAAGAGAAUUGAACGUCAAAUCGAGUGUGAACAUGUCUUAGCCAAAGAGCUUGUUAGCCGUGGUAGAAAAGAACGGGCUUUAUUACUGCUUAAGAAGAAAAAGUAUCUUGAAAAUCUUAUACAAAAAACUGAAAUUCAACUGUCAAAUAUUGAACAGCUAGUCAACGAUAUUGAAUUCGCUCAAAUAGAAGUUGAAGUUUUAGACGGUAUCAAACAGGGAAAUGAGGCUUUAAAGAAUAUGCAAAAAGUGAUGUCAUUGGAUGAUGCAGAGAAAAUUAUGUCAGAGGCACAAGAUGCUGUUGAUUAUCAACGUGAACUUAAUGAUCUUGUAUCAGGUGGUCUGUCUUCGAAAGACUAUGCUGCUAUUGAGCGUGAUUUAGCUCGUCUGGUAGAGGAUGAAGUUGCAAGGCUUCCAGAAGUACCAGAGCAUCCUAUCAGAGAUGAUAAAUCUACCGAUGAAAGAACUAAAGAUUCACCUCGUAAGCAGAGGAAUAGAGAAGUUGUGGUUAUUGCCAAUUAAGUCUAUGAACAUACACACACGCCUCCUAUCAGUCGCCUGUUCUACUGCAAGUGAUGUACUUAUUUGAUGAUGCCAGAAAAAAAAACAAGUGUGAUGAAACACAAAUACUCUGCCGAUUCAUUUUUUUAAAAGAAAAACAAUUGUCUUUCUUUUUUCAUAAUUAUUUAUUUACAUAUUUUCAUUCGAUUUUUUAAAUUAUCCCAUGACUGCUGCUGCUGCUGCCGCCAAUGUACAGUGAUUUUGUAUAAAAUAAGCAAAAUUAUUGAAAUAUUUUAGUUAGUUUUUCC